UCCGCCUGAUCACGAGUUGGUCGGUUUCUACGACCUGCCUCCGGCCUCUUCUGAGUACACUCGCCAGUCCUUGGAGCUGACCGCUUCAGUGAUGGGGAUGCUCCAGCAGAGCCUCGACCUUCUAUCCAUUUAUAGCAUUCCGCAUCCCUUCCAGAUCCCUGCCGUAGGAGGUGCCCCAGCUGGACCUUCUGUUCCUACCGGAGGAGAUGGGAGAGUAUACCCCCGCACCAAGGCGGGAUGCACCCAUGUCGGGAGUAGCUCACGGGCGCCAGUUCCAGACGAUGACGAGUCUGAGGCGGAGACAGAGGCGGAGGCAGAGUCAUCGUCGGAGGAGACCGGAGACGGCUCGAACUCGGACUCAGAUGACAGCGCUGAUGAUGCUCUUGGACCUUCCUCCAGGAAGAGGACGAGGACGGACCCCUAGACC